UAUUUUCCGUUUUUGACGGCUUUCUCAGUAUAUAAUUUAAAUACUAUUUAUUACCAUUUAUUAAUGUGUGUGGGUGUGUCGAUGGAAAACGCUGCAGAUGACGGUGACAUUAUUUGGAGUUUUGAGUAGUGUCAUAGUACUGACACAUAUCGCUGAUGGCUUGAAUAUUCGACUAGUAAAUGGAUCAAGACCAAGCGAGGGGCGUCUCGAGGUUUUCUACAAUAACGCAUGGGGAACAGUCUGUGAUGAAGACUUCGAUACUUCAGCAGCAAGAGUUGUUUGUCGCAUGCUCGAAUUCAACGGAAACUUGACCACAGCCGCAGCCAAGAAUGGGGCCACUUAUGGACAGGGUACCGGUCAAAUAUUGCUGGAUGAUGUGAGGUGCAACGGUACCGAGUCGAGUUUGUCCUACUGCCGGGCCAACUGGGGAACGCACAACUGUGUUCAUAGCGAAGAUGCCGGAGUUGAUUGUGUUGAAGGCUUCAAUAUUCGACUGGUAAAUGGAUCCAGGCCUAGCCGGGGGCGUCUCGAAGUCUUCUACAACAAUACCUGGGGUACAGUCUGUGAUGACGGCUUCAACAGUUCGGCGGCAAUAGUUGCCUGUCGCAUGCUGGGAUUCACCGGGAACGUGCUCGAAACCGUAUUAUUGAGUUCGGCCACGUAUGUACAAGGUACCGGUCAGAUAUGGCUGGAUGACGUGAAGUGCAACGGUACCGAGUCGAGUUUGUUCAACUGCCAGGCCAACAGCUGGGGCGUGGAAGACUGUGGUCUUAGCGAAGAUGUCGGAGUUGACUGUAACUUUAGCCUGAAUAUUCGACUAGUAAAUGGAUCCAGACCAAGCGAGGGGCGUCUCGAGGUUUUCUACAAUAACGCAUGGGGAACAGUCUGUGAUGACGGCUUCGAUACUUCAGCAGCAAAAGUUGUUUGUCGCAUGCUUGGAUUCACCGGGAACGUGUUCGCACCCGCAGCCUUGAAUUCGACCACAUAUGGACAGGGUGCCGGUCAGAUAUGGCUGGAUGACGUGAAGUGCAACGGUACCGAGUCGAGUUUGUCCCUCUGCCGGACUACAAACUGGGGCGAGCACAACUGUGGUCAUAGCGAUGAUGUCGGAGUAGAUUGCAAUUCCACUUCCGGCUUCAAUAUUCGUCUGGUAAAUGGAUCCAGGCCUAGCCAGGGGCGUCUCGAAGUAUUUUACAACAACAUAUGGGGUACAGUCUGCGAUGACGGCUUCAACAGUUCGGCGGCAAUAGUUGUCUGUCGCAUGCUGGGAUUCACCGGAAACGUGUUCGCACCCGCAGCCUUGAAUUCGACCACAUAUGGACAGGGUGCCGGUCAGAUAUGGCUGGAUGACGUGAAGUGCAACGGUACCGAGUCGAGUUUGUCCCUCUGCCGGACUACAAACUGGGGCGAGCACAACUGUGGUCAUAGCGAUGAUGUCGGAGUAGAUUGCAAUUCCACUUCCGGCUUCAAUAUUCGUCUGGUAAAUGGAUCCAGGCCUAGCCAGGGGCGUCUCGAAGUAUUUUACAACAACAUAUGGGGUACAGUCUGCGAUCACGGCUUCAACAAUUCGACAGCAAUAGUUGUCUGUCGCAUGCUGGGAUUCUCCGGGAACGGGUUCGCACCCGCAGCCUUGAAUUCGACCACAUAUGGACAGGGUACCGGUCAGAUAUGGCUGGAUGACCUGAAGUGCAACGGUACCGAGUCGAGUUUGUCCUACUGCCGGACUAAAAACUGGGGCGAGCACAACUGUGGUCAUAGCGAAGAUGUCGGAGUAGAUUGCAACUGCCCACUUGGAAGCUACAGCGUUAGCUGUUCCAAGCAAUGCCAUUGCCGUUUGGGCCCAUGUGACGGUGUUACUGGUACAUGUGAAAAUGGUGGCUGUAAAGUCGGGUGGACAGGAAUAGCGUGUAAUGAAACCACCAGUAUUCGUCUGAUAAAUGGAUACAGGCCUAGCCAGGGACGUCUCGAGGUCUUCUACAACAACACCUGGGGUACAGUCUGCGAUGACGGCUUCAACAGUUCGGCGGCAAUAGUUGUCUGUCGCAUGCUGGGAUUCUCCGGGAACGGGUUCGCACCCGCAGCCUUGAAUUCGACCACAUAUGGGCAGGGUACUGGCCCUAUAUGGCUGGAUGACGUGAGGUGCAACGGUACCGAGUCGAGUUUGUCCUACUGCCGGACUACACACUGGGGCGAGCACAACUGUGGUCAUGGCAAAGAUGUCGGAGUAGAUUGCAACUGCCCGCAAGGAACUUACAGCGAAAACUGUUCCAAGCAAUGCAAUUGCCUUGUAGGCCCAUGCGACAGUGUUACGGGUGCAUGUGGAAAUAGUAUCUGUAAAGACGGAUGGAAAGGAGCAGCGUGUAAUGAAAACUGCCCCCUUGGAAGUUACAGCGUAAACUGUUCCAAAGAAUGCCAUUGCCGUGUUAACCCAUGCGACAGUGUAACAGGUGCAUGUGCAAAUGGGUGUUGUAAAGACGGAUGGAAAGGAAUAGCGUGUAAUGAAAACUGCCCACUCGGAAAUUACAGCGUUAACUGUUCCAAGCAAUGCCAUUGCCGUUUGGGCCCAUGUGACGGUGUUACUGGUGCAUGUGGAAAUGGUGGCUGUAAAGACGGAUGGACGGGAAAAGCGUGCAGUGAAAAGUGUGGCGGUGUCCUGACUGAUCCGAUUGGGGUCAUCACGAGCCCCAACUUCCCGAACGAUUACAACAACAAUACGCGAUGUACCUGGAUCAUAAAAGCACCAGAAGGCAGCCAGAUCAAUUUGAACUUUACAGACUUUGUAAUGGAGUCCCACGAGCAGUGCAGACUUGACCACCUGGAGCUCUUCAACGGACCUAACGCCUUCUCUCUGUGGAUUGGAAAGUACUGUGGGACAGAACCUCCUGUAGGAUUUAAAUCGCAAUCAAACUCUGUCUGUAUUUUCUUUUUCACAGACUCAGUCAGUAGUUCACGGGGUUUCAAUCUGACGUAUACAUUCUCCGUUCAAGACUGCCCACUUGGAAGUUACAGUGAAAACUGUUCACAGCAAUGUCGUUGCCUUGUGGGCCCAUGCGACAGUGUUACGGGUGCAUGUGGAAAUGGGGUCUGUGAAGACGGAUGGAAAGGAAUAGCGUGUAAUGAAACCAAGGAAGAUACAAUGCCAUUGGAGACAAUUGUGUGGACUGCAGUGUCUUCGGUUAUUGGUGUGGUGAUGAUAGUUGGCGUCACAGUCAUUGCUUGUGUGUGCCACGAAAGGAAAAAAAAAAAGAUGGCUCCAAACGCCGUUGAACUGAAUGAACUACAAUCAUCAAAUAGUCCCCAAGGCUUGCCAGACGACAACAUGUACGACGCUAUCGGUCCGUGUGAAGAACUGGUAAAUGACGAACGCAAGUACGACGGUCAAGGGCAGACAAAAUACUCAGACGGAGUUCUUUACGAAAAUGACUAUUAGCGAUAAAUAUAAAGAAUACGCCAACAAAGAGUAGUGAUUUGUAAUGAAAUAGGAGAGUUAAGACCAAAAAUCAUUUUUUAAUAGCUUGAAUUCCGCGAGUGAUGAUUGUUUAAUUCCUCAACACCAACUCACAUGUUAGUUUUAUAAUUACCUCCUUCAUUUAUAGAAAAAAACGUGCAUGAAAUAAACUGUUUUCUUUGAGCUUUUCUGGAAUGAAGUUGUAACGCACACAAGAAGGACGUUAUUAUAUUACAUGCCGUCAAUUGGUGUUUAUGGUGUACGUUAUUUUCUAUAUUUCCUGGAAUAUAGCUAUGUUCGCACAUAUAUUUUGUAUGGAGAAUAUAUCGAAAACUAAAAAAGAUAUACAUUCGAAACUUUAAAGAUAUAUUUAACUCAUCGACUGAAUGAGAAGUUUAUCAUAAAUCGUGCUUCCUUAUUUGUAAAGUAUUUCGCCUUGAUCAUUGGCAAUUGACAAUGUUUGAUGUAUCAUAGUUUUGCAUUUCUUUUGUUAUUCUCUGUGCCUUAAAUACUUUGAAGAUACUCAGUUUAGGUUCUCUUUAAGCUAUAUAUGUUAUCUUAUAUAAAGCAAUAUAUUUAUUGUCUGCUUCCAACCUUUUUUUCUGCCAUAAUAACAAGUAAGUGUUUAGGCAUGUUAUAGAUUAUAGAUUGACUUGUUGAUGAACAUCCUUUUUCAAAUGCGAUUGUAGUACACUAAUGAAGCAAACAUGUCUCGAAAAAUGUGUUCAAAUUAUUCUUCUGAUUAAGAUUUGUAUUUCUUGGAAUAUGAAUAUUUGUUUCGCCGUAUAGAAUAUCAUUAAAAUCAUCUUCAGCCUAUAUCUUAUUAUUUGCAUAUUGUUUGUUGAGUAUUGUUAAGCAAACAUGUCUCGAAAAAUGUGUUCAAAUUAUUCUUCUGAUUAAGAUUUGUAUUUCUUGGAAUAUGAAUAUUUGUUUCGCCGUAUAGAAUAUCAUUAAAAUCAUCUUCAGCCUAUAUCUUAUUAUUUGCAUAUUGUUUGUUGAGUAUCAUUACUAAUGUUUUGUGUUGUUAUUUUCAAGCAAAAUUUCAGAUUCUUAAUCACCAUGAAAAAAUAUAAAGCAUGCAUGUUUUGCUUCGAACAUUUAAUAAUGUUUUUUAAUCGGAUGUAUGUUUUCUGAAACAUAAUGAAAAUAGAUUUAAGUGAACAUCACCAUAACGUGAACCGUGAAAGUGUGAUUUUUUAAAACUCAAUUUGAAUAUAUUAGCUAAUGUGGCAAGAUAAACGUUUCAAUAACAUACAUUAAAAGUAAUACUUUUGCCGAAUAGAUGAUUAUGUUCAUUUAUUUUAUAUGAUUCAUUCGUUAUGCGAAUUAACUAACAAAAUCUUUUUAGCAUUGAAUGUGUUUGUUUGUAUAUCACUUUUUUCGCCUUAAAAAAUAACAAAAUUAUGUAUAUUUCAAAGAUUAUAUUCAUCGUUAUUUGUUAGUAUAUUAUUUUUACAUUUUUGACCUCAUUUUGUUAUAUGUUCAUUUUUAUUCAUCGAUCUGUAUAUGUACCAUAGAUAGGUUUUUACUAUGGAAAUAUUUAUCGCAAUAUGUUUUAUUACGGUUGAUAUGUCAUAUAACAUAUUACUGUAAAAUAUUACACAUCUUUGUAAACGUAUAUCAUUACAUGAGAGUGAGCUAUGUUUCUUAUGUUUUAUUUUAUGUAUGGAAAUAAAAUCAUUCGACAUUCAAAAACAACAACUGCAAAUGCAUUUGUUCUGUUUUGGCAAGAUUCUUGUAAAGUAUGCCAUCGUCAAAGAGCAGCUUAUGAAAAAUCGUAUUUGUUAAUUUGUUGUAUUUUUAGCGGGAUCGUUUUUCUUUAUAUGAAUAAAUUGAGUACGAAAAAUAA